AUGAUUACGACUUAUUAUUCUGUUGUUCAGGCAACGGAUACAAUGACCGUACCAAUUGGUAGUCUGCUUCCAGGAUAUCGAUGUGUGAUUCUUGAUGAUUUCUCACAACCUGUGUUCACUGGUCAAGAAGGCGAACUGUUCGUGGGAGGUGUGGGUGUCUUUGCUGGUUAUCUUGGACGUAAUGAAUUGACAGAGAAAGCACUUGUUGACAUUGAUGGUGAGCAGUUUUAUGGAACUGGAGACCUCGUGCAUUUCGAUAGCCAUGGUGUACUGUACUACGUUGGUAGAAAAGAUCAUCAAGUGAAACUACAUGGACAACGCAUUGAACUUGGUGAAAUCGAAAGAUGUUUGCUUCAAGCAUCAUCAGACGUUUCUCGCUGUGUCGUUGUCAAGCAUGAUGAUGAUCACUUGGUUGCCUAUAUUCAAAGUAAUAAUAUGAAUGAGGAACGACUUCGACAGUAUUGCCGAUCUCAUCUGCCGCCGUUUAUGGUACCAUCAAUGUUUAUCAUAGUCGAACAGCUACCAUUGAAUGCAAAUGGAAAAUUAGAUCGAAAACGACUCCCAACACCAGACUUUUCAUGGCAACAUGAUGUGCAUGAUGACGACUGUCUUCCUUAUAUUCGUGGCGGUUUUAUCGAUUGUGGUUUCUGGAGCGCUUAUGGUCCAUCAACAAUUCAUACUGGUUGCAGCACUUAG